AUGGCGUUGAUCGUAGGACAGCCAAACAAAUUAAUGUGUCUAUUGUUCAAUCAAAAAGGUAUCAAUCGUACAUUAUUUACAUUCUUUUCAACUCAUAUGUCACAGAAUAUUUUGUAUGAUGAAGCGGAUACCUCAGUCACGAUUAUCCAGCCGUCAAAUUCGUCCACAUCGCCGCUUAUCCGAGAGUUUGGCUCGGAAAAAGAGCGAUAA